AUGGAUACCUCUCGUACCCAGUAUGUUGAAUGGUGGUUAACCACUGAAUUCGGCCAGAAAAAAGACCUGCGGAGAACGAUCAAUUGGGAUAGUGACCAAAAGAAAUCUGCAGCUUGGAGCUCAUUUGAUCAGGUUGCUCAUUCAAAGACGGGUGAGCCAAAGGUUAUGUGCAAACGAUGCUGUGCAGUGGUUAUUCAUCCUGGAUAUAAACGCUCUGGCCCUUCGCCCAUGAAGAAUCACCUUACAAGUGCUCAAUGUGCUAAGCCACAGUUAAAAAAGACUUCGAAGCAAGGUAUCGAUAAGCUACUUCGGAAUAUGGCAUUUAUGGCCAUCACUGGCUAUUUUAUUGAUGAAGAUUGGAACUAUCGUGAGGUUCUUCUCGGCUUUGAGCACCAGCCUGGAUCACAUACAGGGGCCCAUCUCAGUGAAACUAUUCUACACAUCUUCAAGAAGCACCAGAUUACCAAUCGAGUGCUCUCAAUCACAACCGAUAAUGCAUCCAACAAUACAAAGAUGAUCCAAGCCGUCCAAGAGCUGGCUGGGCCUCUGACGCUUGGUGAUACUCCGAUAUUCCGCAUUCCCUGUAUCGUGCAUGUUAUACAGCUAAGCCUACACGAUCUUCUUGGGAAAAUCAGAGCCAAUCCAAAGAAUACUGAAGCGGAGUCAGAGUGGCCAGAAUCACGAACAAAAUCAAUCCAGUCUUCCUCAGAACAAUCAUCAGGUAAUAUCACAAAUACGUUAAAGAAGAUCCGAGAGCUUGCUGUAUUUAUUAAUGCUAGUCCUCAACGACGUGAUGCUUUCCAGGCUCUUCAAACAACACCCAUCAGGCUUCUGCCAAUCCAGGAUGUACGCACACGCUGGAAUUCAACAUUUCUGAUGCUCGAUCGUGCUAAGCGACUACAGCAAGUAUUUGAUCUAUACUGUACUACACAUCACUAUUCCCAUUUCAAGCUCUCUGCAGAAGAAUGGCGUCAAGUGGACUAUCUUUUCCUUAUCACAAAGCCGUUCUUUGAUAUGACGAAUGUGCUAUCAAAGACCCGUGAUGUAACAGUUCAUUCUGUGUUCAGUAUCUAUAACAAAGUGUUCAAUCAUCUUGAUGCAGCUGAAGAAAAGCUUGAGCGAAAGGGUGUUCUCUGGAAGAUUAAGAUGCUCCAGGCACUACGUGCAGCCAAAGCUAAGCUUAGGAAGUAUUAUACAGCGACUGAUACUGAGCCAUAUGGAGCAGUCUAUGCAAUUGCUACUAUCCUCUGCCCAUCUAAGAAGCUCCGCUACUUUGAUAAUGAGGACUGGCGAGGGACUCAUGCAAAUGGUGAGCAGGCUGACUUUAUGAAGAUCUAUCGGGACAAGUUACAAGCCGAGUUUGAACGCUACAAGCAGCGUAUUCUCCCCCAGAUCAAUACGACAGAACCCAAAGCCUCUCAGGACGAUCCUGAUGACGAUCUCGCUUUCAUCAUGGAUUCACAAACAGCUCUCCAACCCGAGGUAGAUCAGCCAGUGGAUGAGAUCACCCAAUAUCUCUCAAAAGGCCUUACAAGAGUAAACCCUCGUCUCUUCUGGAAGGAGCAUGAGCAGGAAUACCCAGUGCUUGCAGCGCUAGCCCGGGAUAUUCUCUCUACUCCUGCAAGCGGUGCUGGUGUUGAACGGCUCUUUAAUUGUGCCCGCGAUAUCUGCCACUAUCGCCGAGGCAAGCUCAAACCUGAAACAAUCAAAGAGCUUAUGCUCCAUUUCUUCUCGUCUAAGUUCGAUCUCCAGCAAAGCGAGCUUGAUCUGAUUAAGGAGUAUACCUUAGAGGGAGAGGAUGCUAUUCUUAAUGAGUCAUGGAAGCCUUCUCCAGCACUGAAUGAUAUUGAUCCUACUAGUGACGAUGAGGAGGAGGGUAGACACCAAGCUGAGGAGCUACUAGACGAACCAGAGAGUGAUUUGGAGAGCGAAGCAUACCUUGCGCAGACUACAACACAGAGUAAGAGGCCACAUCAGGCUAUUGAGCCUCAAGACAGUGAUGAUGGUGGCCUUCCUCCUCCUGAAAUGCCAACUGAGGAGGCUACGCAGGGACGAUCAGGGAGGAUUCGGAAGAGGCCAAAGAUGCCGGAUGGCUUUUAG